ACUUUUGGAGAGGUCUACUAAGAGAAGUCGUCUGUCAGGAAAGCUGCGAACUUAACUGAGAAACUAACAAUGACUUCAGACGGUAUCCAAUGUGAUUACUUUAAGAAGUACGACAGGAUAAACGGAGUGAAAAUGAUCAAGAAUAUUUACGGCGAGGUACUCAUAGCCCACAGUGAUGGAGUUACUGAGCCAGUGCCAAUCUUUGAGCAUCGCACGUCUGCUGAAGAAACAGGAAAUGAUAGCACCAAUUUCAAUCUGGUACACUACAGAAGGCAGGUGGACAAACAGAUGCCAUGUGGUAUUCCAAUCGUGUUCCAGAUUAAAGUCGCUGGAUCAGACUAUCUCAUGUACUGCACUGAGGAAGGAAACAGAAAAGUUGUGAAGUUUAAGGAAGGUAAUGCUCCGACAAAUGUAGAAGACAGCAUGAAGAACAUAAUCUUUUACCAGCAGAAGUUUGAUGGUACAUAUUACAAAUUUGAAUCUGCCUGGGCGAGCGGAUGGUUCCUGUGCACGGAACGAACAAACAGGCCUCACAUCUUCAGUCUGAAGGAGCUUGCUGCUACAGUUUUGAUGGACUCAAGGCAGCUUGCAGGACCACCAAAAGACUCGCAAAUCAAGAAACCGUUUUGA